AAUCAUGUAGCCAGUAACAUUAUCUCCAAAGACACCACGAAGAAAUGGAAAUGCAAAACUGCCGGCGAACAAAGUGCUUCAGUGGUGCUCCAGCUGGACCAGCCCUACAUAAUCAAUGGCAUUGAUAUAGGCAAUGAAAACUCUGGAUAUGUGGAAGUUUUGGUGUCUAGGGCCAGUACACCAGAAGACUUUAAAGUGCUGCUGGUCAUGUCCUCGUUUAUGAGUCCUUUGGAUGCCCGACAGACUCAAAAUGUUAAUAAGGUGAGAAUGUUCAAGAACCAGGACUUGUGUGAGCCGGAGCGAAGCGAAAAAUGGGACCGAGUUAAAAUAGUUUGCACUCAACCAUUUAACCGGCAUGUGCAGUAUGGAUUGUCUUUUAUCAAUCUGUAUUCCCCUGAUGGAGCCGCAGCUAUUCGGGAAGCCACAUCGCUAGCUCAAAACGGUUCGCCAGUACCGAAAGAAAAACUUAGCCACAAGUUACAAAUUACACCAAAUCCACAGUCAAAUAAAGCUCGACAUUUAACAGAUGAUGCUGGCGAAGAGACUGGCACUCCAAAGAAGGGGAAGGAGAGAAACCGAAAUGAGCUUCUCUACAGUAAAGAUGAGGAAGACAAGCAUGAAAAAAUCGACAAAUUGAUUGAGAAACGGGACAAAGAACGAGCGGAAUCUAAGAAGCGCGAAAAGGAAAUGGCGGAGAAAACGAAAAACACACCGGCAAAGCCAAAAGAAACGAAGAAUAAUGAUAAAAAGAAACCACACACACCUCGUAAAGAUGUGAGUACAGAGAAGCAGGCGAAAGUGAAUGAAAAACGACCAGAGAGUGAAAAAAGAGAUUCUUUGAAAAGGAAACAUGACAGUCCACCUGCCCAUAAACUGAAAAAACUGAAACAGCAACCAGUUGGAAAACCGUUCGAGAAACUACUAAAUUGUGCCUUUGCCAACACUCCAAAAUUUAACCAAGUCAGAGGCAUAGGCAAGAUAGUGAAAAAGAAAUGGUUGGAUGACUGUUACAACGAAAGAAAAAAGCUACCGUGGAGACGCUAUGCUCUUGAUAAAGCCGAUAAAGGGCCAGAAAGUGAAGAAGAAAUAUGCGAAAAGCAGGACACUUCGAGUUCAGAAGCCGAACAGCCGGAUGCAAUCCACGUUGUUUUACGUAGAUGAGGCCUUGGAAGACAGCUUGGCUAAAAAGAUCAAGCAGCAUGUAGCCGCCUAUAACGGGAUUCUGAUUGAAGAUCUGGUGUCUUCGAUAGACAUCAUAGUCACCAACAAGGAAAACUGCAAAGUCCUAAAGGAUAUUUUACCUUCAGCGACUUGCGUCGCUCCAGAUUGGAUUUGGGAGUGCCACAACCGCCAAAUGCUGGUUCCAAUGAAAGACUUUAUCUUCCAAUAGAAAUGUUUUUUUAACUGGAACUAAUGUUUCAAAUAAAAUGCAAGUCCACUAAGCA